GUGUUUCUUCUGCGGAGUAUCGCUGUGCCGAUGGGAGCCGGACGACCUUCCUCUUUCUGAACACGCCGAACACGGGAGUUCGUGCUUGUGGUUGCGGCGCAAGACGAAGGAAACCCUGAUUUCUAAGAUUAAUUUUGCCUCCGAAUUCGGAUUCGACAGCGACGUGAUCGCAAAGGUCGUGAGCGAUCAUCUCGAGAAGAAAGGACAAGUGUUCUCGUUGACAAACGAAGUUCUGAUCUCGAGCAUAAUCGACUUCGAUGAAAAUGGGGCCGACGACAGGAAAAAGGACGGGGUAGAAGAUCCGUCGAAACAAGAGGGCUUGGUGUCUCUGAUCGCCGAACUUCGCUUGGAAGAAGAUGCCGAAGACGAACGCCCGGAACGAAAAGAAGAGGAAGAAGGAGUUCGUGCGCCCGUCGAAAGCUAUACGAACAAGGUACGCGUCGGCGGCGGCGACGACGACGACGACGACGAGAAAUCUCGCGGAGAUCUAUUGAGGGAACUUACCGAUCUCAAGGACGAGAUGUCGUGCAAGGUGUGCAUGGAUCGCGAUUCGAACGUCCUCCUGACUCCGUUGUGUAUAAGAGACAGGAGUAGCACCGGCGAUGCUGCAUAUAACCAAUUAGCGUCGUGUCCGAUCUGUCGUACAAAAGUCGGUGAGGUCGUCAAAGUUUACCACAGUUAG